CAAACAAGCUCAAAACACCAGACAUUACAUUUACACCAAACUUUAUAUUCUCAUCUCUGAACAACAUCCUAAUCAUGGCCUACCAGAAGAGAAUCGUCGCCACCGGCACUGCCUUUAGCAUCGAGAACAAUGGCGUAUGGACCUUUGCCGACGUCGACGGCAACGGCACGCAGGACCUCGUUUACAUCAAGACGCGAAACACGGGCACCAAUAAGAUCGAGGUGCAUGCUGUCAGCAGGGAGUCAGGCUUCCAGAAGUUCAUCAUUCAGACAGGCACCGUCUUCGACAUAGAGGACAACGGCACCUGGCUGAUGCAGGACUACACGGGCGACGGCAAGGCCGACCUUGUCUACAUCAAGACGCGAAAUACGGGCACCGGAAAGAUCGAGGUACAUGUCGCUGACGCUGCGUCCCGUUACCAGCGGUUCGUGCUCCAGACGGGCACUGUCUUCGACAUUGAGGACAACGGCGUCUGGACUAUGUCAGCGAAGGGAGACCUUGUGUACAUCAAGACACGCAACACUGGCACCGGCAAAAUCGAGUACCACGUCGCCAGCAAGGAGUCUCGAUAUCAGAGCUUCACCAAGCAGGUUGGUACCGAUUUCGCCGUCGAGGACAACGGUACCUGGUGUCUCGCUCCACGAAUCGGCAGCGGCCAGUUUGCCGACCUGUACUAUAUCAAGAUCAGAAACACAGGCACCAAUAUGGUUGAGGCCCACGCGGUCUCAGCCCAGUCCGGGUUUAAAGCCCGCCUUAUUGACACCGGCACCGGUUUCAACCUAGAGGACAACGGCACCUGGCUCUUGACUAACCAUCUCGGGGACCCACAGCGGGCGCCGGAUCUGACCUAUAUCAAGACAAGGGCCACUGGUACAAACAAGAUCGAGGUCCAUAUCAACGAGGCCUGAAUGGUUCAUGAUAGUCGUGCUGGAUGAUUUCAAGUCCCUCUUGUGUGUUUGCAAGCUGAAUAACACGGUAGUUAGCUUACAAUUAUAUAGUGAAUUUAGCUGUAUAUCCUCCUAA